UAUUGGGGACGUGCUCUAGUGCCAGGCGCGAAUGGCCUCCGGCUGCUCUGGACUGGCCGCUGGGUCCGCUCCCUGUGGGUCCUCUCUCUGUCCGGUUGCAAGCCCACAGGCAAGGGCACCGGAUAGGUAGGUGGAAGCUGCAGCUCAAGCCUCCCAGCUUUCAGGAAUACUGAGGGACAAAUGCACGGAUGAGACCUGGGGAUGCCUGAGAUUUGGGGGAGAAAGGACGAAAGAGAAGGGCUAGCUUCAAUGACGUGCUUGUUCCGCGAACUCCCUAGGCUGGCGGUAGCAGAGAUGUCACUACGGGGCGACAAUACUUCUCCGGAAGACUAACUUCUCUGGCUGGAAAACUUUGUCCACGCUCUGUGCUCUGAAAGUUGCGAGCUGCCCCGGACGUGGGGCAGACGCCGCUCUGCUGCUGGGAGAAUCAAGGCUCUCAGCCAGCCCACGACCUUCAGAAAAUCUUAGUUUCUGUUCGGGACCUAGUUCUCAGGUGUUCUGGAGGCCGCGCCUCCCGCCCCUGGCCCUCCCCUUGGGAUCUAGCCCCAGGCCAUCCUCCUCCUCCCUCUCGUUCUUGGGCAGUUGCAGCUAAAAACUGGAGGCCUCAGGCUGAAUCUGCUCUCCAACCUGGCUAGACUGAGCCAGGGAAGGCGAGCCCAGCGGGCGCUAUGCGCUCUUUCUGUUGCGGGAGUAGAUAAGUUUCCAUCGGAGUCUCCAGCACCGAGUCCCGGGGCUAGAUGGUGUCAUGGAGCCAUCCGGGGAGCAGCUGCAACGUUCCGGGGCCCCCAGCUCUACGCCUUCCGGAGAGCCCCCGCCCGUGGAGGGGCUGUCUAUAGCCGAGGUCCUCUGCGUGGAAGGUGGCACCUCGGAGACCCCGAUUCCUGACGCUCAACUCCAGGACGUGCCCCCGUCUCCUCAGGAAGAGGCGGCUCUCUCGGAGCAGGAGGAGCUGCAGGAAUAUCGCCGACCUCGUACACGCUCCUUCUCUUUGCCGGCCGACCCCAUCCUGCAGGCCGCCAAGCUCCUGCAGCAGCGGCAGCAGACCGGACAGCCAGGCGCGGAGGGUGUCGAGUUCCCGGCCGGGGACUGCUGCGCCAAGUGCAAGAAGCGCGUGCAGUUCGCAGACUCCCUGGGGUUGAGUUUGGCCAGCGUGAAGCACUUCAGUGAGGCGGAGGACCCGCAGGUGCCGCCCGCAGUGCUCUCACGUCUCCGCAGCUUCCCGCUGAGCGCCGAGGACCUGAAGCAGGUCGGGGGGUUUCUGGCGUCCCUGUGGGUUCCUCGCGCCCAGCUCCGACCCCUCUUCCAGCUCCCGGGGCUGAGUGCUGUGGAGGAGCGUCUGCGGCGACAGCGAGUGUGUCUGGAGUCCGUGCAAUGCUCCCAGCCUCCCGGUGCAGAGGUGACCGGCUCGGGUCGAGUGAUCAGCUGCCCCGGACCCAGGGCCGUGGUGGUGCGCUAUACCUUUACCGAGUGGCGCACCUUUCUGGACGUGCCAGCUGAGCUGCAUCCUGAGUCCCUGGAGCAGCUGCCUCCUGUACCUUCGGGACUCUCUGGACCAGGGGCUGAGGAUAGUGAGGAGGAGUCAGUCACAGAGCGUUUCUGCUUCUCGCUGGGUCUGCCACCAGGUCUGCAGCCCAAAGAAGGGGAGGAUGCUGACGCCUGCGACGUCGCUAUCCAUUUCGCCAUCUGCUACCGCAGCGAACAGGGCGAAUACUGGGAUAACAACGAGGGGGCCAACUACACCUUGCGCUAUGUGUGCUCCACAGACCCGCUCUGAGUCCCGGAGCUUUGAGACAUGGAGAGAGGCUGACCAGCACGCGAAGUUCAGCAAGGGCUCUCUGGGAACCUUGGCUGAGCAGCGCAGAUUUGGCAUUUAAACCAUAAACUCGCAGCGCAGAUACACACACCAGCAAGCACAGCGGGCCUGGCAAUGCUCUGACCCUCUUUCGACUGACCUUUCUACUUGCGUUCUAGAACUCUCAGCCUGUAAUGGAAUAAGAAAUACCCUAGUCCCCCAAACACACAUUCUUUCCAAGAAAGGGGCUUUGGAACCCUGAACCAGGACCUGUGACCUUGGGGAUUUGUUUCUAGUGAGAUGCCGUCCUUACAGCUUGAUGAAGACGUGCAGGGUAAGACAGGGCACCCCAACUCCCCGUGGGAAAGGAAAAACUUCGCCUGUGGAACCUUCACACUCAGGCUUGAUUCUCAGAAGGCUCUGUGGGUGCCGUUCAGCCUUUCCUUUUAACUGGGAUCUGGAGACGUCUUCCCAGACACAAGGCUAUUUUCUUCUGUGAUUGGAUACAAAUGUCCUUUUAAAAAGUAAAGGCCACGUGUGCAUAAUUU